UGGCAUCUCUGGUUCGCAAUCACAAUACGUUUUUGCAGGUUGACUUUUAAGUUAGAGAAUAGUAAUUGCAUUGGGAACCAUGACCGUCGGAAAAUCUCCAGCUGAGAUUCUGUCAGGAACCUAUAGCAAAUCAUGGCUACACGAUAAAUGGGCUCCCGGUGUAGGAGGUAUUUUCGGAUUCCUAGGAGCAUGUUACGUGAACUGGGGAAACUCUCGACCGCUUUUGAGUGGCAUUCAAAAGCAUAUUAUUGCGGCGGUUUCGAUAGGAGCAAUCGCAGUGGCAGUUGACAAAUGGAGAAACGAUUAUUUUGCAGAAAAAGAUGCAACACUUCGACAUUACAUUGAACUGCAUCCGGAAGAUUUUCCUAUUAUUGAGCGCAAAAAGUAUGCGGACGUCUUCGAAUAUUGGCAACCUAUCCGCUAGGAACCUGUUUUUUUUCCUCCCAUAGAAAGCGUCACACGACGACGCGUUGAUGGAAUAGUGUCCAAUUCCAAAAUAUAGAGGAACUGUUUGCAAACGAUUCGAGUCAAUAAAAUAAAAUAUGAUAGCUAGAA